AUGAACCCGCUUCAGAAGAACAAGAUUGACGUUUCGUCCCUUUCCCCCGAGGAACAGCGUCUCUUCCGCCUCUACGGCAAGCUCCCCUCCCGAUCCGACCACUUCGCCAAGCACUUGAAGGAACGCAAGUACUUCGACUCGGGCGACUAUGCCAUGUCCAAGGCCGGCAAGGGCGACAGCGUCGACACUGGCGCCGUCGGCAGCCAGCACCCCGUCCCCGAGAAUAUCCCCCACCUCUCGAGCCCGGUGAACAACUCCUCCUCCUCCCUCAACGGCGGCGCCAAGCACCACCCCACCGUCCCCAGCGGCGCCCAAGCCGGCAGCCCUGUGAAGGAGUCCAGCUUCCUCAACCGAGAGACCAGCGCCGAGGAGGUCGAGCAGAACAAGGACAAGGAGAACAACUCGCCAGUCGAUAGCGCCGCUAAGACCGAAAGCAUUCCCAUCCGGAGAUGA